UUGACGCAUGCCUCACAUGGGUCUGGAAGGCAGAGAGAUCCUCAGCCACUGUCCAUGGUUCUGAAAGCAGUCAUUUCAGGAACAAAACCCCGAGAGGAGAUAUCAACUCCAACUACUACAAAUAGGACCACAUGCAAACAAACAACUCAACGAAAAUUCAUCUGAAGCCGGGCUUCCAGCUGGCGUGACGUGAAAACAAGACCUAGAAUCUGCCUAGCUCCCCUUCACCUGCAAAACCUGUUCUGUCAGGCCAUGACAAGCAACUGCCAUGCAUCACUUGUCCUUACCAUCAUGGUCCUCUUCACAUCUCUGUCUUUCCGUCACCUUUCCACAUCCAGCCAGGUUUCCACUAUUCGAGACAGCCCACCCAGAGAAGUUCUUUCCAGGCUGACAGAAUCUGAAAACAAGGAAGGAAUGCUGGAGAGCCUUGAAAUAGGCUCAAAAGACCAAACUGAGCAGAAGGAGGAGCUCUUUGAAGAUGUUGAUCCCAAAAGACUAGCAGCUGUUUUACUGGAGGCACUGAACCACACAUUUGUGAAAAGAGAGAGAAAUGAAGGAAAAUACAAUAGCAUAGAUGGGAUACAGACUGAGAGAGAUAAAAUCAAUAAAGAAAAACCAUUCAAUGAGAGAGUGACCAGAGAAAGAGAUCAACAGAAAGAGGUGGAGCUGCUUUUUGCUUCACAGGGUAAGGACAGGGAAAGAGAAGAGGAAGAGGUGAAGAAGAAAGCCCUGGAAGAGGAGAGGAUAACUGAAAAGGUGACAAGCCAGAUCACAAGUCAGAUGAUCCAAAUUCAAACAAAUAAACAAUUCAGUGAUUCACAUGGAACACCAGAGAAUGAUGGUGCUCGUCAACAGGGAUCAUCCAACCCUGUGCAAAACAGCUACGAAAAGGAAGAGCUGCUCAAUCCAGAGGAGCUAAAGAGUCUUGAGACCAUGAUGAAAGAGUUUCCACGUCUUAACACUGAGAGAUAUGGUGUUUCAGAGCUGAAGCAGAGACACACCAGAGGAUAUAAAAGCUACAAUGGCAUCAUUCCAACACAUAAAGGCAGUGACCUCACCAUGACCAAAAAAAAAUUAAAAUGGCAGGAAGAAACACAGAAAGGAAUAUAUUUCCCAACAUUUAAUGGAGACGAUUCUAUAGAAGAUAGCAACUAUAUUAGCAAAGCAACACAGCUUCCGUCUCCAACCACACAGGAAGAGAUGCAAGAUGAUGACACAGAAGAGAAAGAUUAUGAGGAAAUGCUCAGCCCAAAGGAGGAGGAAGCUCAAGCCAACAUAGAGCAGGAGGAGAUGAUGAGGCAAGCAGCAGAGGCAAAAAAGGCCAAGAUGGAAGAAGAAAAGUUGGCUGAUAUUGCCUCAGACAUGUUGCUCAGCUACAUGGUGAAACAAAAUAAAGGUGACAAGAAGCACAAUUUGUUUGUGUUGAAUGCUGCAGAAGAUAAGAGAUCAGAUGAGAACCAGAAGUUGACAGAGGAAGAUGACAUUGAUCCUCAGACCAUUGACAAGUUGAUUGAGAUCUCCAGCAAGUUGCACCUCCCUGCUAAUGACGUUGUUGACAUAAUCAUUGAUGUUGAGAAGAAGAAGAAAGAUCUACCAUCUGAAAUGACAUUGUUACAGCAGGAUGCUUCAUCACCACUUUCUCCUUCUUUUCAUUCCAGUUGGCAUGUUUCAACAAAUCAAAAUAGCGUUCCAGUCUCUAAGAUAAAAUCUCCACCUGAAAAUAUCCUUAAAAUGUGGUUUCAAGAAACAAAUAUACCAAAAUCUGAUGUUUCUCAAAGAAAACUACCUAAAACUUUUCUUUCAUAUCAUAAUUUGUCACCCAAGCCUGAGAAGCCUUUUUUAUUAAAGCAGGAACGCUGGUUCAAAUUACCUAGGACUGUUUGGCCUGGCUACUACUUGUAUCCAUACUCCUACUCUACCUACCAACAGAGGAAACCCAUUUUGGGUUACUACCCUUACUAUUUUCCUCCUGUUUCAAGGCCUAAACCCAAGUACUACUUGCCUAAACCUGCUGUCACACUGAACAACUAUUUUGGUAAUUCUAAGAAAGACCCACAUAAUUUCCCUCCAAAAAGACAUUAUCAAAGCUUGGUCCAACGUCAGCUAAAGAAAUCAUAUGCAAGUCCCCAGCAUAUGUCUUUCUACUCCAGCUACUACCCAGUUCUUUACUACCAGCCAUUUCAGCGAAUACCUGCUUCCCAAGCCCAUUCCCCUCCUCAAACAGCUGCUAGACAAGAGCAGUUUUUAAUCUCUGCUUUGGAACUUCCAGUCAUAAAAAACAAAGAUUAUCAUGAGGGUGGAAAGCAACCAGACAGUAGUGUCCAUGACGAUGUCGAUGUGGAGAAAUACAUACAGCAAAGUAUCAUGAACAGAGCACAGAGGUUAGACUAAUACGGAAAUAAUAUAAACAUUAAGGUAUUGGUGUGAGGCAAAGUUAAAAAAAAUUAGGGAGCAGAAAAACAUAUUUAUUCAAUGUGUUUUAGUAUUAGAUUUGUUAACAUUUGAACCACAUUUCUUCUUUCUGUUUGAUUGGUCUAGAUGUGAAUGUGGUCAAGUUCUUUAUCAUAUUGUAAAGAUUUUGGAUAGGGCUGGCUGAAACAUAAUGAACGUAGCCUGUUGGUCCAACCAAGAUUGUGGUCAAGAUUGUGAUCAUACUACAUGACAACUAUCUAAAUAUCAACGUUUGUGAUGUUAAAGGAGAAUUAUUUAGAAAAGUGAAUAUGGAGUGGAGGAAUCAUCUGAUCUUCAGAAUCCUGGAAACAUAAUAAAAUUUGAUGAAAUGACAAAACUCUUUACAUAGCUCACCACCGUCAGGGUGUGAAUGUGUGUGUGAAUGGGUGAAUGACUGACUGUAGUAUGAAGCGCUUUGGAGGUCGUCAAGACUAGUUAAAAAGCGCUAUACAAGUACAAGCCAUUUACCAUUUACCAUAAACAGAUGUAUGUCGCUUCACCUGAACCACAGAUUUACUGUGUGUAGAUUAUAAGAAGAGGCCAAUGCUUUAAAUGAGGCUAAAUUACUUCUAAAGGAAAUAAUUACCCAAAAUAUAUUUUUUCAUGUUCAAAAAUCCCUUAACAAAAGCAACAACAAAAACUACACCAUGUGGCUCAAGGUUUAAUAGCGUCAUCUUUAGCAGCAGUAAUUUGAGGUAAUUACUUUCUGUGUGACCUGAGGAGUUGAUACCUCAUUGUUGGGGGCAUCAACAAUCACACUCUUUCUGUGUCAGUUCAUCGACUAGUGUGCCCUGCCUCACCAGAGGAAAUAGAAUACUCGUUGGUCAAUCUAGAAACAGCAACGUCUGUAUUCUGUCCUGCAACAACAAAAAGUCAAAUUAAAAAUGUUCCCCCUACUGUGUUUAUGUUUGUUCCACUAUGUUGUCUUUGUUUAUCUUCAGAUGUAGGGAUGCAUGUCUUUGUCCAGUCAUCUUUCUUUUUUUGUUUCAGAUGUUUUAAGGUUAUUUUCAAAGUACACAUGCCGCAAUACAAAACUAAGCAAAGUUGUAUUAUAUUUUUAAAGAGAAGAGCUGCAGUUAUGGCAACCCUUUCAAACAAACCAGAACGUGAGCCAAACUUACUAAAAUAGUCAUUGUAUCACAAACUGAUUAGACUCUACAUACAGUUUCCAAAUGGGAUAAAAAAUACACGUUAUCAUGAUGAGAAGGACCAUAGACACGAAUGUCUUAAAAUACUUUAAUAAAGUUUUAUGUCCUCAUGAAUAGAAAUGAAAAAAAAACAUUUACGUGACCUUCAUUAAUAAAAUAUUGUACCACAUUGCAGAGAAUAUUUCAUACAGAGAACAACAAGCAUCACAUAAUGGCUUGCACUCAUGAUGACUCAUCCUUUUGCAUAACUUAAAGUACCGUGUUGCUAUGGUACCAAAGCCUGGCAAAGUGUCUGUAGGGCAUUCUUAUAUAGCUAAUGUCUUCAUAGGAUGGUGCUGCUUGAAUGCAUUAACUGAGGCUGGUUUCAGCAUCGACUGUGGUAAUUAUUAGCUAGGUCACAUAUCCAUAAUUAACUUCAUAAAAACAGCCAGUUGCUGCUUCUCAAGGACUGUUCACAGGGGACUUUGAUUUCUGAUAGCUCAAAAACUUAACUUAACCCUAACAUAUACAGUAUCUGAAUUGCUUAAAAUUUGAGUAUUUGUUGAUUGUUUUAGUGCUUUUCAUGAAAAAUACCUUUUAAUAAACAAUCAUAAAUGGGAACCAUGGAAGGCAACCUGUAAGCUGUUAUCAAGAGGUUAAUGUUACCUAAAUUAAGCUUAAGACAGUUCAAUUGUCCUUAUAUGUCGGUUUUCAUCCUUUAAAAUAUGAGAAGGAAAUUGUUUGAGAUAAUGAUAACAUUGGUAGUAAAUUAUAAAAACAUAAUUUUUUGCUAUUGUUCAAUGUUCAGUUUAUAUUUUAGAAGCAGGAAUGUUUACAAUAGAUGUUUGGUUUGGUUGGUGGCCUAUAAAUCCCAGAAAUUCUUAUCAAGCCAAGAAGAAGAAUUUCAAAAACGAAGUCUUUUAUCAACAGAGUGGAGUGAAAGCAAGAGAUGUGUUGUAAAACAAGUUUUCUGUAUUUUGAUCAUUUGUUGGUCUGUUAUGAAGGUAAGAUGGGGAGUAAAAGGCCUGUCUUAAGAAUGUGCCCUUCAGAAAAGAGACCAGUGUUUGCAUAUUAAUGUAUAAAUGCAUCUAAAAAUUGCAUUAAUUUUAGAAAUACAAAAAAUAAAAAGUUUAAAGAAACAAUGACUUCAGUACAAGUAACAAACAUGAGCUAUGUUUGUGUGUGUUGGUCUUUCUAACUGUACUUCGUAAAUGUCAUAAUAAACAAGUUUGCUGAAUGUAAAUAUGUACAUGUUCAUGAUUAAUUUUGCUACACAUGAAAUUAAUAAAGACAAUUAUUUUGUUGCAAUAA